AUGCCGGCAUUCGCAAAAUGGGCAAUGCCCCUCACAUCUCUGCUGGCUACCCUGGCAAAACAGAAGGAUCAGAGCAACAUGAUCGACGUCAUCCUCACCGGCAUGACGCAGCAGGAGGCCGUGCAGAACUACACCAACCAGGCCGUGACUGGUAUCACGGCCCUCAACGACAACUGGUACCAGCAGGAUUCUGGACUCUGGGCGGGAACGUGGUGGAACAGCGCAAACGCGCUGACGACGGUCGUCGAGUUUGCCAUCCUGAGGCCUAACCUGGCCGCCGACCUCAACAUCACCCAGCUCAUCAGCAACACGUUCGUGAAGGCGCAGCAGACGCAGCUGAAGGUCCGAGCCAGGACGACCUCGGGCCCCGACCGCGGCAUCGUCGAGAGGGAAGAGCAGCAAGGGUCGGGAGGAGAGCGGGCAGAGGACGAGACGCAGGGUCUCGACAAGCGGUUAUUCGCCAACUUCCUCAACGACUUCUACGACGACGAAGGGUGGUGGGCGCUGGCCCUGAUCCGCUCGUACGAUCUGACCGAGAACAACGCCUACCUCGACGCGGCCGUCACCAUAUUCGACGACAUGGCGGGGGGCCACGGCGGGCCGUGCAACGGAGGCAUCUACUGGUCCAAGGACCGCAACUACAAGAACGCCAUCACCAACGAGCUGUACCUGUCCAUCGCCGCGUCGCUGGCCAACCGCCGCCCGCAGCAGACGCGCUUCCUUGCCGCCGCCCGCAAGCAGUGGGUCUGGUUCCAGGGCAGCGGGCUCAUCAACGAGCAGAACCUCAUCAACGACGGCCUCGACGACAAGUGCCGCAACAACGGCCUGCAGACCUGGUCCUACAACCAGGGCGUCAUCCUCGGCGGCCUGGCCGAGCUGUACCGCGCUACCGGCAACGCCGACCUGCUCGCAACAGCGAAGCGCAUCGCCACCGCCGCCCUCGACCACCUCACCACCGGAAAGGGCGGCGUCAUCGUCGAGACGGACAGGUGCGAGACCAAGGUCGGCCACUGCGGCACAGACGGCCAGCAGUUCAAGGGCAUCUUUGUGCGCAACCUCCGCUACCUGGCCGACGUCGCCCCCGACAUGGACUUUCGCGCCAGCAUCAUCCGCAGCGCCGACUCCAUCUGGGACCACGACCGGAGCCUCAAGAAGUUUGGCGCCGCCUGGGACGGUCCCUUCAAUGGCGCUACGGCCCAGACCCAGAGCUCUGCCCUUGAUGCCAUUGUUGCUGCCAUUGCGAUUGUCUAA